GCUAGGCCUGGGGGAGAGCGGGUCCCAGGACCCGGGUGCUGAUUCCCCGUCAAGACGCAGGGACCUACACCAAAGGGGAGCACAGCCCGGCGCGGGCCGAGGCCCCCAGGACCUCCAGCUCCCAAUGCCGGAGAGGAGCCCUGGACGCGCUAUGGCUCCCAUGAAGCCGCUCUGUCUUCUCUCACUGCUGCUGCUGUGGCUGCUGAUGCUGACGGCGCUCCAGGCCGACACUCGGUCCUUCAAGGUGGAUUGGGCUCAUGACAGAUUCCUCCUGGACGGGACCCCUUUCCGCUACGUGUCGGGCAGUCUGCACUACUUUCGGGUGCCGCGGGUGCUGUGGGCAGACCGGCUGUACAAGAUGCGAAUGAGCGGCCUCAACGCGGUGCAGUUUUAUGUGCCCUGGAACUACCAUGAGCCAGAGCCUGGGGUCUAUAACUUCAAUGGCAGCCGGGACCUCAUUGCGUUUCUGACCGAGGCAUCCUUAGCAAACCUACUGGUCAUACUGAGGCCAGGCCCUUACAUCUGUGCAGAGUGGGAGAUGGGGGGUCUCCCAGCCUGGUUGCUUCGAAAACCAAAAAUUCACCUGAGAACCUCAGAUCCAGAAUUCCUCACUGCAGUGGACUCCUGGUUUAAGGUCUUGCUGCCCAAGAUCUAUCCAUGGCUCUACCACAAUGGGGGCAACAUCAUUAGCAUUCAGGUGGAGAAUGAAUAUGGCAGCUACAGGGCCUGCGACUUUGGCUACAUGAGGCACCUGGCCGGGCUCUUCCGGGCUAUUCUGGGUGACGAGAUCCUGCUGUUCACCACAGAUGGGCCGGAGGGACUCCGCUGUGGCUCGCUGCAGGGGCUCUACACCACUGUAGAUUUUGGGCCAGCUGACAACAUGACGCAAACCUUUGCCCUUCUCCGGAAGUACGAACCCAGAGGCCCACUGGUGAACUCUGAGUACUACACAGGCUGGCUGGACUACUGGGGCCAGAACCACUCCGUGCGCUCGGUGCCAGCUGUCACCAGAGGGCUGGAGAGCAUGCUGAAGCUGGGAGCCAGUGUGAACAUGUACAUGUUCCACGGAGGUACCAACUUUGGGUACUGGAAUGGUGCUGAUGAGAAGGGACGCUUCUUGCCAAUUACCACCAGCUAUGACUAUGAUGCACCCAUAUCUGAAGCGGGGGACCCCACACCUAAGCUUUUCGCCAUCCGAAAAGUCAUCAGCAAGUUCCAGGAAGUCCCCGAGGGACCUAUACCUCCCCCCAGCAAUAAGAUGGCACUCGGACCUCUGGUUCUGAAUCUGAAUGGGAAGUUGCUGGCCUUCCUGGACUACCUGUGCCCCCAGGGGCCCAUCCAUUCAUACUUGCCUAUGCAUUUUGAGGCCGUCAAGCAGGCCCGUGGUUUUGUGCUGUACCGAACCUAUCUGACCAGCGCCAUUUUGGAGCCCACGCUCUUCUGGGUGCCAAACAACGGGGUCCAUGACCGUGCCUAUGUGAUGAUGGAUGGGGUAUUCCAGGGUGUUUUGGAACGAAGCACGAAACAGAAACUCUUUCUGAUGGGGAAGAAGGGAGCCAGACUGGACAUCUUGCUGGAGAGCAUGGGAAGGCUCAGCUUUGGCUCCAACAGUAGUGACUUCAAGGGUCUCUUAGAACCACCAAUUCUGGGGCACAACAUCCUGACCAAGUGGCAGAUGUUCCCUCUGGGAGUUGACAGCCUUGUCAAGUGGUGGCUCCCUCUCCAGCUGAUGAAUAAGUCCAACACUGAGGCUCCCACCGGCCCCAUCUUCUACUCUGCCACGUUUCCCAUCCUGGGCCCAGGCGGGGACACGUUUCUCUAUUUACCUGGAUGGAUCAAGGGCCAAGUCUGGAUCAAUGGGUUUAACUUGGGCCGCUACUGGACCAAGCGGGGGCCACAGCAGACUCUCUAUGUGCCCAGACCCCUGCUGUUCACCCAGGGAGCCCUCAACAGGAUUGUGGUGCUGGAGCUAGAGAAUGUGCCUCCGAAGCCCCUCUACCAGUUCCUGGACAGGCCGAUCCUCAACAGCACCUCCCACAAGACAUUCAUCUAUUCCCUCUCCACCGAUAUUCAAAGUUUCUCUGAGCCAAUGGAGUUAAGUGGGCACUGAAAAGACCUGGGCCAUGGAGAGGGCAGCAUCCCCUGGUGCCGGCCGUGGCUGACCAUAAGAAAGCAAAGGUCAGAGGCCUGAAUUUAAGGACAAGUACAGCUUCCUUGCCAGACUUUAUUGUGAUUAAAGCUCCAGAGACAGUA